AGUACACACAGGCAGAGAACACGUUUUUUUCUUUAUGCAAUUUUUUUAAUUAUCACUAAAUCUGAAAAUUUUCUGUAUGUCUCAAAAGUCCCAUCUAAAGCUUUUAACGGCCCAGUUUUAUCUGGAACACUCUGUAUCCUAUAAAGGAAAAGCUUUUUCAGGUCCCCAGAGUCCACGAUGUUUCGAGCAGUUCCCGGGCCCACGUCCUCUGUGUUUGAAGUAGCUCCAGGGCCCAAGUCUCCAGUAUUUCAAGUAGUUCCUGGGCCCACGUCUCCAGUAUUUCAAGUAGAUCCCGGGCCCACGUCUCCUGUCUUUCAAGUAGUUCCCGGGCCCAAGUCUCCUGUCUUUCAAGUAGUUCCCGGGCACAGUUCCCGUCCUCCUAAUUAUGAGAACGUGGACUUAUUCAAGAACUCAGACGAUCCUUUCGGAGAGGAUUUCGAGGCAGCACUUCUUCAGGGCAUUAAUGCCAGGGUUAAAAAGACCAGUGUAAGCUCUGUGGAUUCAUCAACACCAUCUACCACGCCCCAGCUUCCUGCCACGCCUUCUCAGGGGUUCCCUGCCCAGUACACGGAAUCUCCUCCAAUACCUAUAAAAAAAUGUUCAAGAUCACACAGUAGGGUUUCCAGGUUUGACAAAAUUUUAAGAAAAUUAAUUUUUUUGAAAAUAAAUUUUUUCUUCAAAAUUCAAAACUUUUCUCUAUUCAAAUUUAUUUGAGUGCAAUAUUGUCAU